AAACCAAACGCCAUGUUUUUCUCAUUAUUUACAUUUGACCACACACACAAAAACAUAUAAAUCUUUAACCCACAGCAUAACUUGGCGCCUUCUCUUAAAAGAGAAGAAACUUAUUGGGAACUAACCUUACAAUCAAACAAAAUAACACCCUAGCCAUCAAAAUCAGCUGAAGUGCUGAACUGCUACUAGUAGUAAAGAGAUGACACUUAGAGUCAUGUGAAGCCUAACAAAAUUUGAAUGAAGAAAGAGAACAAGGCAAUUCUUCAAAAGAGGAGAAUCGGAUGCUUGAUUAUCUAAAAAUAAUAAUCUUUCUGAAGUAAAUAUCCAUUGUGCCUAUAAAAGAAGGCAAGAAAACACCACAGCUGCAUACCAACCUACAAUUGUCACUUCCAUUUUCUCAAUACCUUAAGCAAGGACCAAUGUCUCAAGCCCAGCCCCCUCGUUCCCAAGCCCAGUGGAAACACGUUAAAUUUCAGGAUAACCAAGCUAAUGCCAUGAAGGAACCAGGAACCGGUGGGUAUGGCUAUGGGACGAAAAAUGACAAGAAUAAGGAUGUGGAUACAAUAGCUUCGGACUUCAUCAAGCUGAAGCACAAGGCUUGGGCACUCCAGAAGAGCACAACCAUGUACCAACCUUCUACCUAAAGCCUUGGAUAUUUGCGGAUGCGGAGUGAAGUUACCAUGGCAUCCUUGCUAAGAAUAAGAAAGUAAUGUGGUUAUGAGGAGAUGUGUAAUUUUGUGGCGAUAUUAUUUGCAACAAUGAUGUAUAUAUGGGCAUGUUUGGUUCACGGCUAACUGUGACACACUUUGCCUAAGGUUAGUCGUUCGAAUUGAAGAACUAACCUUAGGCAGAAAAAGUUAGGCAAAGUGUGGAAAUUUAUGCAGCAAACCAAAUAGGCCUAUAGUUUUACUGCUAGUUAAUUUGCUUCUAUUUGGAAAUCGGAAUAGUAAAGCAUCGAGCAAGGUUUUCAAA